AUGACGAAGCAUAUUGUACCAAAGUCUUCAGUCGAGCAUACUGUCAUAGAGUCUCCAGCAGAUCAUACUUUACUAGAAUGUUCAGUGGAGCAUACUGUACAAGAGUCUCCAGCAAAACUUACAGUAGUCACCAGUGAAGCAUACAGAACUCAAGUCUGUAAUAUUCUAGAGCCUCCAGCGAAUCAUACUUUACUAGACUUUAGAGCAGUGCAUAAUGUUUCAGAGUCACCAUCGAAGCAUACAGUGCUAGAGUCUCCAGCGGAGCAUAAUAUACUAGAGUCCCCAGCGAAGUAUACUGUAUUAGAGUCUCCAGCGGAGCAAACUGUACUAGAGUCUCCAGUGGAGCAUAAUAUACUAGAGUCCCCAGCGAAGUAUACUGUAUUAGAGUCUCCAGCGGAGCAUACUGUACUAGAGUCUCCAGCGGAGCAUACUGUAUUAGAGUCUCCAGCGGAGCAUACUGGACUAGAGUCUCCAGCGGAGUAUACUGUACUAGAGUCUCCAGUGAAGCAUAAUAUACUAGAGUCCCCAGCGAAGUAUGCUGUAUUAGAGUCCCCCGCGAAGUAUACUGUAUUAGAGUCUCCAGCGGAGCAUACUGUACUAGAGUCUCCAGCGGAGCAUACUGUACUAGAGUCUCCAGCGGAGCAUAAUAUACUAGAGUCCCCAGCGAAGUAUACUGUAUUAGAGUCUCCAGCGAAGCAUACUGUACUAGAGUCUCCAGCGGAGCAUAAUAUACUAGAGUCCCCAGCGAAGUAUACUGUAUUAGAGUCUCCAGCGGAGCAUACUGUAUUAGAGUCUCCAGCGGAGCAUACUGUACUAGAGUCUCCGGUGGAGCAUAAUAUACUAGAGUCCCCAGCGAAGUAUACUGUAUUAGAGUCUCCAGCGGAGCAUACUGUAUUAGAGUCUCCGGCGGAGCAUACUGUACUAGAGUCUCCAGCGAAGUAUAAUAUACUAGAGUGUCUAGCGGGGCAUACUGUACUAGAGUCUCCAGCGAAGCAUACUGUAUUAGAGUCUCCAGCGGAGCAUACUGGACUAGAGUCUCCAGCGGAGUAUACUGUACUAGAGUCUCCAGCGGAGCAUAAUAUACUAGAGUCCCCGGCGAAGUAUACUGUAUUAGAGUCUCCAGCGGAGCAUACUGUACUAGAGUCUCCAUCGGAGCAUAAUAUACUAGAGUCCCCAGCGAAGUAUACUGUAUUAGAGUCUCCAGCGGAGCAUACUGUAUUAGAGUCUCCAGCGGAGCAUACUGUACUAGAGUCUCCAGUGGAGCAUAAUAUACUAGAGUCCCCAGCGAAGUAUGCUGUAUUAGAGUCCCCCGCGAAGUAUACUGUAUUAGAGUCUCCAGCGGAGCAUACUGUACUAGAGUCUCCAGCGGAGCAUACUGUACUAGAGUCUCCAGCGGAGCAUAAUAUACUAGAGUCCCCGGCGAAGUAUACUGUAUUAGAGUCUCCAGCGGAGCAUACUGUACUAAAGUCUCCAGCGGAGCAUAAUAUACUAGAGUCCCCAGCGAAGUAUACUGUAUUAGAGUCUCCAGCGGAGUAUACUGUAUUAGAGUCUCCAGCGGAGCAUACUGUACUAGAGUCUCCAGUGGAGCAUAAUAUACUAGAGUCCCCAGCGAAGUAUACUUUAUUAGAGUCUCCAGCGGAGCAUACUGUAUUAGAGUCUCCGGCGGAGCAUACUGUACUAGAGUCUCCAGCGGAGCAUACUGUAUUAGAGUCUCCAGCGGAGCAUACUGUAUUAGAGUCUCCAGCGGAGCAUACUGUACUAGAGUCUCCAGCGGAGUAUACUGUACUAGAGUCUUCAGCGGAGCAUAAUAUACUAGAGUCCCCAGCGAAGUAUACUGUAUUAGAGUCUCCAGCGGAGCAUACUGUACUAGAGUCUCCGGCGGAGCAUAAUAUACUAGAGUCCCCAGCGGAGCAUACUGUAUUAGAGUCUCCAGCGGAGCAUACUGUACUAGAGUCUCCAGUGGAGCAUAAUAUACUAGAGUCCCCAGCGGAGUAUGCUGUAUUAGAGUCUCCAGCGAAGCAUACUGUACUAGAGUCUCCAGCGGAGCAUAAUAUACUAGAGUUUCCUGCUGAGCAUAUUAUGCUAGAGUGUCCAGCGAAGCAUAAUAUACUAGAGUGUCCAGGGAAGCAAAAUAUACUAGAGUCUCCAGCGAAACAUAAUAUACUAGAGUGUCAAGCGAAGCAUACAGUUCAAGAGUCUCAAACGGAGCAAACUGAACUAGAGUCUCCAUCGAAGCAUACUAUACUACUAGAGUCUCAAGCGGAACAUACAGUACUAGAGUCUCAAGCAAAGCAUACAGUACUAGAGUCUCAAGUGGAGCAUACUGUACUAAAGUCUCGAGCAAAGCAUACAGUACUGGAGUCUCAAGUGGAGCAUGCAGUACUAGAGUCUCAAGCGGAGCAUACUGUACUAGAGUCUCGAGCGAAGCAUUCAUUACUAGAGUCGCAAGCGGAGCAUACUGUACUAAAGUUUCCAGCGAAUCAUGCUGUACUAGAGUCUCGAGCAGUGCAUAAUAUUUCAGAGUCUCCGGCAUACACCGAAGCAUACACUACUAGAGUCUCAAGCGGAGCAUACAGUGCUAGAGUCUCAAGCGGAGCAUAA